AUCUGGAGAAUUAUUCGAUACGUAUAUAUAUAAGAGAAAAAUUGCGUUACAAUUGUAUUCAGUUGUAAAUUGUCAAGUCCAAGGACAACAACAUGAAGUUCAUUACAAAUUAUUUAUUUGUGAUCUUGGUGAUUGCAAUAAGCGUCGACAGUCUUGAGCUAAUAAAAAAGCCUGAAAAUAAUAAUUCAAUAAAUAAUUUUCCAACUAAUCGAGAACCAAGUAUCCAAGCAUACGGUUUACCAAAAAAAAUUCUCUCAAAUAAUGGCAAUAUAGAAAGAAUAAAUUUAAUGACUCAUUUUCCGGUUAUAAAUUUAUCAUCAGACAUACCAAAAAGCCUAAAAUCAUCAGCUAAAAUUCGUCAAGGUCAUCCAAUAUUUCAUUCACGAAUGGAACACAAUAAUAUUCAAAAUAAAAAAUUAAAUCGUCAAGCAAGAUCAAUCGAUGAAAAUACAGAUCUUCAAGCUGAAGAAUCAAAAGUAUUUAGACCAUUAUUUGUCUAUCGCCAACAACAAGCAAGAAAACAACAAUUUAAAAAUCGAAAAAAUAAAAAAUACUAUGGUGAAAAGAAAAAAAAAUUUAAUAAAAAUAACAGCUAUUAUUCUUCUUCUCAUUAUUCAUUUUAAAAUUUAAUUUUAUUAUCAAAAUUAAUUUUAAAAAUUUCGUGUCUUGCCUAUAUUUCAUGACGUUGUUGUUUUUGUUGUUGAUUUUUUAAAAUAAACAAAUGAAAAUCGCAAAUAUGCCAAAUAAAAAAUUAAAUAUAUUACUAAUGUAAACUAUAAAUAAAAAAUUUGAUUUAUUAUUUUAUAAAUAAAUAAAAAAACUAGUUAACAUGAACAUUUAAAUUAUUUAUUUUUUAAUUAUACGCUUUGUUUUUUUCUUCUGCAAAAAAUGGAAAAUGAUGAGUUGAUUGAAUCAGCAUCAUCAGCUUCAUCAUCUGCAUCAUGUGAUUCAGAAAUUAAAUGUAAUGAUUCAUUGAUUAAUUUGGUAAGUAAAAAGGAUGAAAGCUUAGACUCGAUGAGUGUCAAGGAGAACUUGAAAAUUUUUUCAAAGAGGUAAGAUGUGUUUUACAAGGUCAAAUAACUGUAGAUCGUAUACAGCCUGUUGUUUGAACCAAUUGGCAAAUUGAAGGUGAUAAUUAUCUUGAUAUUUUAUAUAUAUUUUUUCAAAUUUAUUAAUAAUUUUAGAUGGUGGUUAUGGAAUUCACAAGUUGACUGGUUUAAAAUUGGAAUUUUAAAUUUUCUUGAAGUAAUUAUUUCAAUGAUUAUGAUACCAAUUGCUAUCUGGAAAUUUUUCAAUGACAAUCAACACAUCGUUGUGAUAAUUAAAAUUAUAUUUGAGAUUGGAUUUGAAGUUUUAAUGUGCAUUUUACUUGCUGGAGUUUCUAUAAUAACUAGCGUCACUCUUAUCAUUGAUGAUCUAUGCUUUAAAAAUAAUUGCAACAAGAAUGAAUCAUUGUGUGAAAGGACAACAACUGUUGA